UGCUUCUUCUGAAUGCGAAACAAUUAGUAUAUGCUUUAUCUGCGCUUCCAGAUGGUAAAUGUUGCUUAUGAUAACCGCGGUCCACCCAAUUAGCCUCAAGGAUUUCAUCCCUUGGUUAUUCUGAUGGCUCCAAAACUUAAUUGUUGUAAUCAAUUUGUGUAUAUUUUGUCAAGAUUUCGAUUAAACGACGUGAAAUUAUUUCUACUUGGAUUGGGAUUUGUAUUCCUAAUCAGAUGGAUUACCAAUUUGUCUGAAAAACCAAAAUUUAAAUGUCUGUCUGAUGGUAGUUUGAUUUGGAGUACGAAAAAUUAUUCCCUAUUCUCUUUAACUGAUGUUAGUUACGCUCAACAUCUUGCUAAAAAAGUGAAUAUUUAUUGCUUUGUACUGACGGAACCUCGAGCACAUAAAUCGAAAGCGUAUCAUGUUCAAACAACUUGGAUUCGAAGAUGUACUCGGUAUAGUUUUAUCAGUUCAAAACCAGAAAAGCUGCUUAAAAUGCUACCUGUUAACAGAACACAUAAUUAUAAUAAACAUUCAUGGAUUUCAAUGCGUGAAACUCUUCGUGCAGUCUAUGCUCAAACGUAUAAAGCAGCUUAUUUUUUAAAAGCUGAUGAUACAACCUAUAUAAUUUUAGAAAAUCUAAGAAAUGCUUUAGAGUAUACAAAUCCUCGGAAACCAUUUAUUAUGGGUCAUAUUCAUGAAAUCAAACCAAAUGAAUUCACUUUAUCUGGUAGUUUUGGUUAUGUAAUAUCACAAGCAGCGCUUAACUUAAUCGUUCGUAAAGGAUUAGAUAAAUUACCUGAAUGUGGACCGAUUCCACAUGUUCGUGAAGAUGUUCAAAUAUCCAUAUGUGCAAAAGCACUAGGUAUUGAACUUAAAGACAGUAUUGAUAUGUUUGGAAAGUCAAGAUUUAGUAAUACUUCAAUCAAAGAAAUUUUUAAUCCAUUUAAAAAUGGCACACCUCGUUGGAAUCCAAUAGAAACAGAUUAUACUCAACCAGUGUAUAAUUUAAAGAAACUUCCAGCAAGUCCAUUGCUUAUCAGUUUUGGUGGUAUAGAUCCAAUCAAAAUGUAUAUUUUAGAAUAUUUAAUUUAUCACCUUCGACCGAUUGGUAUAACUCAUAGAAUUAUACAAGAAACACCUUAUCCGUUAACAACUGCUUACAAUAAUAAUAAUGAUAUUAACAACCAAGUUGAGAUUGUACAUUGA